GCCUUGACCUUUGUGAUCAAAGAGCCUGCCUGGCAUCAGUCAUGCGGGGGCUGUUUGCUCUGUGGGCCCGGUGGCGUCCGAGGAAGGUCUCGACACGAGAUCCAAGCGGGAUUGGAGAUGAGAUGAAGCUGGGGCAGAAAUCCUGAGACAAAAUCUGUUUGUAAAAGGUUUUUGUACAGCUUUGGCCAUCCAAAUCUGGCAUUCAUUCUGCGAUUUUCCCUUCAAAGACAUGUUUGGAUGCAUAUUCUUUCAACAUCUAACAUCUAUCAAAGACAUUCCACGUGAGAAACCUAUCGUCAGGGCGUGUACGGACUGCUCCCUCCACCAGCUUGAUCGUGGCUUUGCUGCUCCUCCAAGAGCGCGCCCACGCGUCAGUGCAGACGAGCUCCUGCCUCCAGCGCCCACAGCCCUGGACCUUCCAGCGACGACCCUUCAGCCACCAGUGCCAGCCUCGCUGCCUCCGACCAAGCUGCUAGUGCCCCCUCCGAGCGCACAUCGUGAUCGUCCACGUGAUGCCAAGAGAAAGAGAGAACAAGCAGAACACGAUGCCGAGCGACGGGUUUGGUCGGCCGACUCCUGGCUGUUGAACUGGAAGACCUGUGAUGCUCGAGGUCCGAGGGCCCGGAGACGGCGAUUCAUCCAUCCCUCCGGGGUGGAUCCGGCGCAAGCGGAGGCCAUAGCACUGCAGAAAGCAUGGGCGUUCAGGGACAAGUUGGUGAGGCAGCAUGUGUUGAAACCCGAGAGUCCAACAGUGCCAGGGGUGAAGUGGGACGCCGAGAAGAAGGCGUGGCGUGUGCAGUUCACGCUGCGCAAGACCAUCCUCCUCUCUUUGAAGAAGCAGUUUCAGUUUCGGAGACAAUCCAUCCAAUACAUCACUGGAGGUCUCUUCGCCAAGAAGAAGUAUGCAGAACGUGAGGCCUUGAGGCUGGCGAGAAAAUACCACCUGACUCGCUUGGCGAAGAGCGUCAGCCGCCUCCGAUGGAACGAGCCGAAGAUGGCACCGAUCCACCAGAGGGGGGGCACCACCUGGAAGUUGCCACGCCGAAACUUGCCAUCACGCACCGGGCCACUUCAUGAAAACUUCUUCCUCAGAGGUGGUUGAAGAAGUUGUUGCCAGAGAUCGCCAGUGGCGGAGACGGUGGAGACCCAGAUGAUUUGUAUGAUGAAUUGCAUGAUUUGCUUGGGCUUGCCCUUAGCUUGGUCAUGUCCACGGGCUUUAUGGGCAGAGACCGACAGCUAGCACGCAACCAAGAGUAAUUUGUGAUACAUUGAGAGAUCUGUG